AUGGAGCCGGCGGCGGGCGCGCAGGGCCCGCACCAACACGAACCCAUCAGCUUCGGCAUCGACCAGAUCCUCAGCGGCCCCGAGCAGGACGGCGCUCCCCCCCCGCCGCCUCCUCCGCCGCCGCCGCCUCCGCCGCCGCCGCCCCCACGGGGCCCCGACGGCGCGGCCUUCCUGGGCGGCCCCCGCGGUGGCGCGCCCUACCCCGCUCUGCCGGGUCCCUUCCCGGCCAUCGCAGCGCCCUUCGAGGAAUCGGGGCCGUACGGCGUCAACCUGAGUCUGGCGCCCGGCGGGGUGAUCCGCGUCCCCGCGCACCGGCCCAUCCCCGGAGCCGUGCCGCCGCCGGUUCCCAGCGCCAUCCCCGCCGUGCCCGGCCUGGGCGGCCUCAGCUUCCCCUGGAUGGAGAGCAGCCGCCGCUUCGUCAAGGAGCGCUUUACUGCCGCGGCCGCUCUGACGCCGUUCACGGUGACGAGGCGCAUCGGACACCCGUACCAGAACCGAACCCCGCCGAAGCGCAAGAAGCCGCGCACGUCCUUCUCCAGAGUGCAGAUCUGCGAGCUGGAGAAGCGCUUCCACCGGCAGAAAUACCUGGCCUCUGCUGAGCGUGCAGCCCUGGCCAAGGCCCUCAAGAUGACGGACGCGCAGGUGAAGACCUGGUUCCAGAACCGACGCACGAAGUGGAGGCGGCAGACGGCGGAGGAACGGGAGGCCGAACGGCAGCAGGCGAGCCGGCUGAUGCUGCAACUGCAGCACGACGCCUUCCAGAAGUCGCUCAACGAGUCGAUCCAGCCCGACCCGCUGUGCCUGCACAACUCGUCUCUGUUCGCGCUGCAGAACCUGCAGCCUUGGGAGGAGGAGAGCGCAAAGAUCCCGCCGGUCACCUCUCUCGUCUGAGCGAGGCCACGGCACCAAGCGGAUGCUCGGAGCCCCGCGGUUCCCCCCGCACUAAGGGGCAGAGCCGAGCCGGCGGCACGGGGCCGGGGUACCGUUCGGAGGGCGAGGCGUUCCUUUUUGUAAGAAGUGUUAAUAAUUUAAUUUAUUUAUGCAUCGAGAUUUUGGGCACUAUUAAUACGGAAUUAUAUAAAACCCUCCGUUAUUUAUAUCGAAAUCCGGACGUAGGUAUUUUUGCGUCGGCUUUGGAACCGAAAGGCCGUUUUCAUUUUCAUUUUUAUUAUUAUUAUUAUUUUUUUCCCGUUCCGAGGAUGGCCUCAACAAGAGGUCCCCGAGCGGAGGGGCCGAGCGCAGCCGGGACAGCCCCGCUCCGCACCUCCUCGCAUCCGCUGUAGAGAAAGCGCCUUACGGUUCAGCGUAACGAAGACUGGGGGUUGGCACGGCCCGUGUAUAAUACUUUGUAAUUGUCGACACGUGUAAAUAAACGGUUUCUUUACAGACACGUCUCCGCGCCGGGCCGCGCAAAGCCGCGGUGAGAUCCGUGGGGCUGCGCUGGGGCUUCGCCGUUUGGUUUUCGUUGCUCUUUUUUUUCUUUUGUAUUCUUUUUUAAGAUAUAUGUAUCUAUUUUUUUUUUUUCUUAGCGAACGAAAGUCCCACCCGGCGCUGCGGGUGCGGGGAACGGCCCCAAACGGCGUCGGCAGCGCGGAGCGGCCGUGCGGGGAGUGGUACAUGGGUCGCCGAUGGGGGAUGGUGAUAGAGUUCAUCCCGCUUCGUCGUGCGGGUCACGGCUGAAACCGAACCCGGCGGUGCCGCUCGGAACACGGAACCGAGCGGCCGCGAUGGAAAACCCGAGCGAGGGGAAGCGCCCGGCGGGGACGGGGCGAUAAAACCGACGCCGAUAAGACGUCGGCCGGGAGGAGGGUCUGCGGAACAUCGCUUUGGCUGCCCCUCCGCCGGGGGGUCCGGGGGCAGGGAGGGAUCUGAGCCGGGGCUCCGGUACCCGUGUGCUCGGUGUUACGUCUCCGCUGUCAGCGCCGUUUGAAGGCAGCGCUGCUCCCGGCUGUCCGAGCGGCCGUACGCUUACGUGCUCCCGAUUCUUCCCAAAUAAAUAGGGCCGGAGCUGAGCGCUCU